AUGAUCGACUAUCGCUCCUUCCUUGACAAAAUCUGGGAAGCCAUGCCCCGAGACGAAUUCAUUCUUAUGGCCUCUGACCCGCGCUGCUUGGGAAACGAGCAGCACCUGGUCAGGUUGAGUAAGUGGGAAAAGGUUAGCGAUGACCAAAUCGUGGGCCAACACCAGCUGCGCGUGGUGCAUCAGCGGUAUACCGAUGACAGUUUGAAAGAGGUGGCAGUGAAGGGCCACGCGCCUGGAACUGCCACGACGUGGUAUACGAAGGUGGAGGGGGAAUGGAAGUUCGCCGGCGUGUGUCCGAAGAUCAGUUGGACUGAGUUUGACUACGAUCAGGUGUUUGCCGAUGGGGAGGAGAAUUUUGGGGAGAAUGGCGGGAAUGGCCAGAGUGGAGAGAAUGGCGAGAAUUAG